ACGUUUCAUUCAAAAUAAGUCGUCGCCUACAAUCCUACACUCUAUUUACGGCAACCAGGAACUCUCUGCUCGCCGGAAAUAUUCGCCCAUCGUUAUUCUUGAUUUUUGACUUUCUUAAUUUUCCCCCGAAGUCUACUUUUGAGGGGCGAAUUAACAUAUGAGCUACAAUGGAGCAACCUGAUGUUGAUGAUAUAAUCCAUAGGCUGCUUGAAGUUAGAGGGAAACCUACAAAGCAGUUUCAGCUCACUGAAUCGGAAAUCAAGCAACUCUGCGUCGUUUCUAGAGAAAUAUUCUUGCAACAACCUAAUCUGUUGGAACUUGAAGCACCCAUUAAAAUCUGUGGUGAUAUUCAUGGUCAAUACGCCGAUCUUCUUCGUCUUUUUGAGCACGAUGGAUUACCACCUGAAGUCGACUACUUAUUUCUUGGUGAUUAUGUUGACAGAGGCAAACAAAGCCUUGAAACAAUAUGCCUUCUUCUCGCCUACAAAAUUAAAUACCCAAAUAACAUCUUCCUUUUGCGUGGAAACCAUGAGUGUGCUUCGAUAAACCGUAUAUACGGCUUCUAUGAUGAAUGUAAAAGAAGAUUUAAUGUGAAGUUAUGGAAGAUCUUUGCAGAUUGUUUCAAUUGCUUACCUGUGGCUGCUCUCAUUAGUGAAAAGAUUCUGUGUAUGCAUGGAGAUCCACAUAAAGAUGUCAAAGGGUGGGCCAUGAAUGAUCGAGGGAUUUCAUACACUUUUGGUGCUGAUGUUGUGACGGAAUUUCUACUGAAACAUGAUCUUGAUCUUGUUUGUCGCGCUCACCAGGUUGUAGAAGAUGGGUAUGAGUUCUUUGCAUACAGACAACUUGUAACGGUGUUUUCUGCACCAAAUUAUUGUGGGGAAUUUGACAAUGCUGGUGCUUUUAUCAGUGUUGAUGAGACUCUAGAGUGUUCCUUUCGAAUACUAAAACCCGCAGAAAAGAAAAGGUCCAAAUCUAUGAUGAAUCUUUUUGGGAGCUCCACCAGCGGCUAAACCGCUCAUUUUUACCCAUCAACAGUCGGUGAUGCUUGUUUCUGAUUCACUCUUAGAAAUGUAAUGUUUUGGGGGUUUUGUGAAUAUGAUUGACACCAUGAAGUUGGUUUGUAAUCGAUUUUUUAGAUCAAAAUAGGUGCAUAAGGAAAAUAGGGAGUUCUAAA